UCCUGUUCUGGCGUUGCGUUUCGGUUCCAUGUAGUGUGAUGCCAUAUGGUGUAUCAUAUAAUAUAUGGACGCAAUUUGAACCCGAGAUUAGAUGGUUUUUGAGACAAGGCGAGAUCAUAAUAUUUGAUAAUUUCUUGGCUUGGGUGUAAAUGUUGCCAGCUAAAUUUGCUUUCUUUUUCUUGAAAGUUAGCUACUUUUUGGUAUUUGACUUGUCCAUAUUUGAGGAUGUAAUGCACACAAUUCUUGAGGGAUACUUACCAUUACCAAUCAAGAUCUGGUCCGUGGUGGGGCCAAUUCAUAAAAGAUGCAACCUUGGGAAUUGGGAUAUGCAAGAGAUUCCGUCCACAAAACAACACUUUCUAAACGUGUAGAAGGUUUUUACCAAAAUUGGUGAAAUCCGCUUAUUUGUAAAUGGCAUGUUACAGGUGAGAGUAUUUACAGUUUGGCUGGUUCGUUUCUUAGCUAUAUCAAUUUCUCUAUGCGUAGAAUACAGGGCCAGGGAAUCGAAAGUUGGGCAUCGAAAUUCAUCAGCGUCAUCAAUGGAAUCAAAAUCUAUGGAACUCAAGGUCAUGUACUGUCAAGAUCUGAAAGCAUUCAAUUUCUUUCAGAAACUUUUGGUUUAUGUGCUUGUUUCAAUUGUGAGCGAAGAUCCAGAGAAGAAAUUGAAGCAGAAUCAUCAACAGAGAACACCCACAGACACAGAAGACGACGGAAAUCCGGAGUGGAAUCAUGAGAUGCAGUUUGAUCUGAGUGAGGUAUCAUUUGUAGAUUGUGAUCAUUUGUUUGUUCAUUUUGAUCUACGCCAUGAAGGGCUUUAUUUUGGAGAUAAAACUAUUGGGGAAGUUCGUGUUCCUUUGAAGGAUAUGAUCCAAGAAAGUUGUGGCAUUACCAGAUUCCUCAACUAUCAGGUCAAAUCUCCAGAAGGAAAGCCUAAUGGGAUAUUAAAUUUCUCUUGCAAGAUAAAUGCAAAGAGAGAAGACAUGGGGAUUCAUUCCCCUACAAGUGAGAUCACUGGAUACUCUGUAAUUGUUCAACAUCAUCAUCAUCACCAUCAUCAUCCUACAUCCGAAGCAGAGAGCUCAUCGCCUCGUGUUCACUAUCCAUCACUGAAUUUCGAAAGCAGCUUCCCGGAAUCUAACUCUGCAGUUCAAGUUAGCUACCCAACUCUGAAUAUUGAACAUGAAACUCUUUAUCCUCCGUAUCCCCCACCUUUAGCGGGGCCACCACCACCUCCAUUGCCUCACCAAUCGCCACCUUCGUUCUUGCACGGGCUGCCACCGCCUCUGCAGCCGCCACCACCACCACAGGGGCCACUUUAUCACUCUCCUUAUCCGCCAGAGUUCCGUCCCUUUGUUCAUGGUGAGGUCUAUGGCUAUAGUGCAUACGGGAAUUGGAGCGAGAUUGCGGGACAUUCACACAGUUUUGGUCAUGCAGAGACGCGGAGACAUGAAUAUCGAGCUUACUGGAAUGGUAGGUAAGUACUUGUAAUGCUAACAGAUGCAUAUUGUUCUAGGAUUGAAUGGCUGUUAUGUUGUUGCCAUGGCUCAUUAACUAUACUUUGUCAACCACAUCCUCCUCAAUGAAAGAGAGUUUUUCCCAACUUUGUUACAUUUGUACCAAUUAUUUGAUCAGCUCAACUAGUGGAGUUGGAUACAUUUUUUAUACCAUAGACCAUCAUUGCUAGCUAUGUUGCAAAGAAACUUUCCGAAACUCAAAAAAAUUAUUCUUAUAACCUACUCUAGUAAAAGAACAUCUUUCUCAA